AUGAGUCCAGGUGGCCUAUCAAACAAACUGCCUGGGUUUCCCCGGGGCCCAGAGUCUCCAGGGGUUUUCCGGGACUCCUCUCGUUUCAUUUUGAAACUCAUUGUGGUCACAGACUAUUUUCAGCGUCCCCCGCACAGCCUAGGCUGUCCUUGGCCGCAACCCUUUCCGAAGAUCUUAUCGGUGACGGGAUUCACUGUAGCGAAGGGAUAUCGGCAGGAAGAUGGUGGUGGGACAGGUGGUGAAAGUGAUCUGGGAAGCACGUGGAGUUCUUUCCUCUACCGGGUUAACGUUAAGACGACAGCCUUCCUGAUCGCGGACGCUCUGCCUGACACAAACUACACAGUGAAGGUCCGAGCGAUCGAGGAGUUUUAUCACGGAACAUGGAGCAGGUGGAGUAAACAGGCCUACGGAAUGCCAUGGGCUGAUCCCCAGAGGAAUAUCAUCCCUGAAGACAACACGGAGGGUCUUCCCUCUGGUCCAAUCGAUCCCGAGGAUAUUAACUGGGAGGCGUCGACUCCACAGGGUUCUCACCAUCCGGAGUGGAGUAACUUUCCCUGGUACAGGCCCUUGCUAGUGGCGGUCAGCCUAUUCAUUGUGAUCAUGCUGUUCAUCAUCAUUGUCAUCAGGUACAGGAAGAAAUGGAAGGGCCAAGCGACAGCAAAGGUCAAGGGGAAGAACCGGCCGGAGUAUUUGUCCAUCCGGCUGAUCACGGCCUCGGAGGUGAAGGAGUCCGAGGCCAGCGCCGAGAGUGCGAUCCAGCAAAGCUCGGAGGCCCCGGCACCCGAGUCCCAAAGCCUCACCAGUGACGAGCAGCCACAUUUCGACGUCAUCAACGUGAGCUACUUCUACAUCCCAUAAUAACAGCCGUCUACAGGGGGUU